GUCACUCCUUUUUUCCUCACUUUCUCUCCUGCCAAACGCCAAGAAUUAUAGAAUCUAAAAACUAUCAUCAUCAGGAUCAAUGGCUUGCUCAACUUCUUCUCUCAGUACCAUCUCUUCUGUGAAGGUGACCAGCCCUUCAAGAUCUAACUCUGCUGCCACUGUGCCCACCAAAUCAGUAGUCUUGCCUUUCAAGAUCGCAACUCCAUCUCUCACUCACCUUUCAAAGACUUCAAGCUUUAACCACUUCUCUGUUCCCAAGAGAUCUUUCCUCUGCAGAAGCCAAGCGGCCUCAUCUGAUGAUGCAAGACCCGCCAAGGUCCAAGAGCUGUAUGUGUAUGAGAUCAAUGAGAGAGAUCGUGGGAGUCCUGCUUACCUCCGCUUGAGCCAGAAAGAGGUUAAUUCUCUUGGUGAUCUGGUGCCUUUUAGCAACAAACUUUACACCGGAGACCUGAAGAAACGUAUAGGUAUAACAGCAGGAAUAUGUGUAUUGAUCCAAAACAAACCGGAGAUGAAAGGUGACCGGUACGAAGCCAUCUACAGCUUCUACUUCGGGGAGUACGGGCAUAUAUCGGUGCAGGGAUCGUACCUGACGUAUGAGGAUACGUACCUGGCGGUGACUGGCGGCACGGGCAUUUUCGAAGGGGUUACCGGUCAAGUUAAGCUCCGUCAGAUAGUUUUUCCGUUUAAGCUUUUCUAUACAUUUUACUUGAAGGGAAUUAAGGAGCUGCCAGAGGAGUUGCUUAGCAAUCCUAUUGAACCACAUCCUGCUGUGGAGGCACACCCAGAUGCUAAGGCUUGCCACCCACAUGCUGCAGUUCCUAAUUUCACUGAUUAAUCAUGAUGAGCAUUGAGUUAGUUUCUGAGAAUGUUAUUAAUCAUGAUAGAAAUCGUUGGUGGAUUUGAUGGUUUGUUUUUUGAAUUUAUCUUUUUGCAUAGAAAACUUGAUAUUGUCAAUGUCGUUUUUCCUUUCGUUAAUGCAUUUCAUUGUCUUGGAGUGCUUGGUGA